UUUCAGUAUGGAAAUUUGAACUCACGUUUGAGCUGUGCAGCGGCUGCAGCUCAUUUGAAAGCAGGCGGUCCAGCUGCAGGUCAGACAGCCUGGCAGUAGGGUAGGAAAUGCAAAUAAGAUCAGUUAGAGCUGCUCUUCACAGUCUCUCUGUAUCAUUCACUUUCAAUCUUCAGAACCAUUUGCAUUGAGACAGAAUCGAAAUGGACGUUUCCUCAUGACUUGAGCUGUGAGACUUGACCCCAAAUCAUGACAAUGAGCUUCUUUGGAAAACUGAAGAACCUACACAGUGGCCCUCCAGCUCCACCCAGGAGGACAGAUAACAAUGCAGGAUGGCCACAGGAUGAAUUUGAUGACGAGGAAGGUGACAUGUAUGAAGCUCCUCCCUGUGAGCGUCCAGCUGUGAAGGUCCCACAGAGACAAGUGGAGGAGAAUGUUUAUCUGGAGAGGACGUCCAAUCCUGCUGUUCCGCAGCGGCAGGCUGCUCCUCUACCCAGACCAGGAAAAGCCUUGAAACCUCCACAACGUGCUGAGGAUUUCUACUACGAUCCCAACACCAAGAAACCACCUGAGAUAGACAGAAACGAGAAGCCCGGGAGAAAGAAGAUGAUGCCUCCUCCACCAGUCCGCUCUGCUCCUGUUCCAGUCCCAGCUUCCAACACUGAGGAAGAUGUGUAUCUGGAUCCGAAUGAAGAACAGGAAGACAAUGAUGACCUUUACUUAGAACCUACAGCCGCUUGUGUGCCGGUGAGGAUGCCUCCAUCUCCCAAGACGGCGCUUGUACCUUCUCCCAUACCCGUCAUGAAGCCUCCCGUUCCCAGAGCAAAGUCUAAUUCACUUUUGCCUUCCCUGAAUGAGAUAAAAACAGCUCCCUCAGCUGAAGUCAGACGUGCCCCGUUUCCCACCAAACUGCCUCCGCCAGCUCCCAGUGUAAAGCCCCCUCUGCCUGCCAACCUGAAGGAAGCUAAACCCAGCCCUCCAAAUCCUCCCAUGGCAGACACUAAGCCUGUGGCCUUAACCAGUGGUACGAGAGAGACCAAACAGUCUGGGAAUGAGGACAAAGAAUGGUUUGCUGGAGAGUGCAACAGAAAGAGAGCAGAGGAUCUCUUACUGAGGGUCAACAAGGAUGGCGCCUUUCUCAUCCGACACAGCUCAGCCCAGAGCGCCCGCCAGCCGUACACCCUCGCUGUGCUCUACCAGCAGAAGGUGUACAACAUUCCCAUCCGCUUCCUGGGGGAGACACAAGGUUACGCCCUUGGAAAAGAGGGCAAGAAGAAUGAAGAGAUUUUCGACACACUUGAUGAAAUGAUUUCCCACCACAAGAAUAACCAGCUGCUUCUGAUAGACAGCAAGAGCCAAGCGAAGCACACGACAUAUUUAACCCACCCUGCACGUCCUUAGAAACUACACAACUAAGAGUCUCUCUCAUGCUGCAUUCAUGUGAAUUAUAUAAGGAUAACUGCACAUUUGGAAGUAGUCUGUUGUGGGUCACCAAAGUGAAAUUACAACUCACUGAAGUCACAGUUACACAGCUAAAGUAUUGUUUUAUUUAUUGAAUAGAAAUACAAACUUUUGAUGCACUGAAAACCCAGCAGAGAUUAUUAACUGAGAACUUUAAAUCUCAGCGAUCAGAAAGUUUUGAUGAAAUGAUUUUCCCGUUUCUAGCCAGGUCAUCAUUUUGGAAACAAUUGCACAAUUGUUCUCCAGUGAAUAGGAAAAUGUGUCACUGUAUUACUGUAAGAGUCAUUCAGUCUGGAUGUUUCUGCCUCUGGAUGAAAGAAGUGAUGAGCUUUCUGUCAGAUCACUGACUUCUAAACAAACUCCACAGUUCUGUAGCACAGCAGCCUCCAAAUUUGUGGCCAUUUCUUUCAGCCAUGUCUCCAUCAAUCAGUUGUUUUUUUUAGUUGCUUGUAGUAAUUUGGUGAGUAUCUUUCUGUAGUUUUAGCUGUUUAAUGACAUUUUUAUUAUACUGUAUGUGACAGGUGUCUUUUUAGUGUGAUAUUGUAGAUAUUGUGCAAUACAGACCCAAAGUCAAAAUGAA